AUGGAUGUUGAAAUCGUUGAAUAUCACCUUUUUAAUUUUGGAUUUAUUGAGGACUAUUUUGCUUGGGAGUAUCAAGGGGAAAAAGAUGUGAUUGGUGAGAUAGCUUAUGGUAAUGAUUUGCAUGGUGGUUCUCAACCUGAAUCGGGAUUCGAUAAUCCAUACCGACAAAUGGUCUUGGAUGCAGCUGGACCCAAUUUUGGUCAGGGUUCGAGUUCGCAAUAUUAUAGCAAUAUUGAAGUUGAUUCUUCUCAUCCUUAUGAACCUUCAAUGGAGGAGGAGCCUAAUCCCGAGUCCCAAAGAUUUUACAAUUUGCUACAAGCUGCUGAUGAAAAAUUAUAUCCCGGUUCUUCUCUCUCUCAACUUGUAGUAGUCUCCAGAAUGUUAAAUAUUAAAAUGGAGAAUACUUUGUCACAGAGAGGUUAUAACCAAAUGAUACAAUUUUUGAAAGACGCUUUACCUGAAGAUAACAAAGUGCUUGAUAACUAUUAUCAGACUAAGAAACUAGUGCGUAGUUUGGGUUUGCCAGUUGAAAAAAUUGAUUGUUGUGAUUCAGGAUGUAUGUUGUAUUGGGGUGAUGAUGAACACCUUACAUCUUGUAAAUUCUGUGGUAACCAGAGGUAUAAGCGUCGUGUCGGCUCUCGUAAGAGGAAAUUGGUCCCUUACAAGAAAAUGUAUUAUUUUCCUUUGAUUCCUAGAUUGAAAAGAUUAUAUGCAUCCCAUGCUACAGCUGCCGACAUGAGAUGGCACCAUGAGCUUACACAAGAGGAUGGGGUAAUGCGUCAUCCAUCAGACUCUGAGGCUUGGAAGAACUUCAAUGAAACUCAUUCUUUUUUGCUGAUGAACCAAGGAAUUCAAUCUGGGAGGAAAUACUCUUCGUGGCCAGUGAUUGUCACCCCAUACAAUUUGCCUCCAGGAAUGUGUAUGAAAGAGGCAUAUAUGUUCCUAACUGUCAUUGUUCCUGGGCCAAACAAUCCCAAACAUAAAAUUGAUGUUUAUCUGCAACCUCUAAUAAAGGAAUUGACUUUGUUGUGGGAGACAGGUGUAGAAGCAUUUGACAUCUCGCAAAAGCAAAACUUUCAACUGAGGGCAGCUUUGAUGUGGACAAUCAGUGACUUCCUAGCAUAUUCUAUGUUAUCAGGAUGGAGUACUGCGGGCAAGUUAGCCUGUCCUUAUUGUAUGGAGGAAACACAAUCCUUUAGAUUACAACAUGGCAGGAAAAAAUCUUGGUUUGAUAGUCAUAGAAUGCUCCUUGACCAACAUCAUCCUUUUAGGAGAGAUCGUAAAAACUUUCUCAAAGGUAAGACUGUCAAAAGACUAUCACCACUCUAUAGAACAGGAGAGGAAAUUUUGAACCAAAUUUGUGACUUGGGGAUAAGGAAAGUAACAGAGUUAGAUGCACAGGAAGUUAAUCAGAGAAUAUGUAAGUCUUGUGGGUGGAAAAAGCGAAGCAUAUUUUGGGAUUUUCCUUAUUGGAGUUCUAACAUGAUUCGACAUAAUCUUGACGUCAUGCAUAUUGAAAAAAAUGUCUUUGAUAAUGUAUUUAAUACAGUUCUUAAUAUUGAUAACAAAACCAAAGACAAUCUACAAUCACGUCAAGAUAUGGUAAAUUACUGUGAUCGACCACAGUUGGCAAAGGACACUAGUGGAAAAUAUCCAAAAUCUAUAUAUACAAUAGAUAAGGAGGAAAGAGCUAUCUUGUUCAAUUGGGUGAAGGGUUUGAAGUUUCCAGAUGGGUAUGUUUCGAAUUUGGGUAGAUGUCCAGACACAAACGCGAAAAGAUUAUUUGGCAUAAAAAGUCAUGAUUGUCAUGUGUUCAUGCAACGACUAAUGCCUAUUGCUUUUCGUGAACUGCUUCCCAGUAAUGUGUGGCAAGCACUUACAGAAUUGAGCUUAUUUUUUAAAGAUCUUACUUCGACCACUCUACGAGUGGAUGACAUGGAAAUAUUAGAGGCAGACAUCCCGCAAAUCUUGUGUAAGUUAGAACGUAUAUUUCCCCCUGGGUUCUUUGACUCAAUGGAACAUUUGCGUGUGCACCUGCCAUAUGAAGCAAAUAUUGCUGGACCUGUACAAUAUCGAUGGAUGUAUCCUUUUGAAAGGUACCUCGGAACUCUUAAAAGAAUGAUUGGGAAUAAAGCUAGUGUUGAGGGUUCCAUUUGUGAAGCAUACUUGAUGAAGGAGUCAACACAUUUGUUUUCUCAUUAUUUUGAACCUCAUGUCAUGAAACGUAAUCACGAUGUGGACCGUAAUGAUGAUGGUGGUGCUGUAGAAGAUCUUGUAGGAAAUUUAUCAAUAUUCACCCGUCCCGGUCGACUAUGGGGAGAAGCAAAAAAGAGGAAUUUAUCCCUUGAAGAAAUCAAGGCUGCCCAAACUUACAUUUUACUAAAUUGUAAAGAGGUUGAACCGUUUGUGAGUAUGUACGUGCAACGUUUGCAAGGAGAAUUCCCGAAUCUAUCUCAAGGUCAAAUAGAUGAGAGCCUUGAAGCAUAUUUCUCUAUAUGGUUCAAGGAAUAUGUCCGCUACAACCAUAUUGAGAAUAAAUUCUUGCGUAGUCUUGCUCAUGGACCACUAAUAGGCGCUACAUGUCAUUCUGUGUAUUUUACUAAUGGAUACAAAUUUCACACAGACAAUCAUGGUAGCACAAGAUCACAAUGA